CAACAACAGCAGCAGCAGCAGCAGCGACAGCAAGGUCAGCAUACGGUGUAUUCUCACUCAGUCCAUCCACCGCCUUCCCAGAAAGCUCACACAUCGAGCUCUGUUAAUGCGAUUCUCUCUCUACCCAACGGCUCUGGCGGCAAUUCUUGUUUAGUCAACCAUUCCAAUGGCCCUUUUGCUAAUUCUUCGACAGCAAGGCCUCAUUCUGCGCUUCCUCUCUCAGCUUCCAGGCUGCAACAGCAACAACAGCAGCAAUCGCACCGACCCCAUCAACCGCAACAAGGCCAACAACACUCAAGUCUUCAGUAUCAAGCAAAAGGUAUUGACGGGCAAUCAGCUCCGAUUGCACUCCGCAUCGUAAGUAACCAAGUGCCUGCAGCCAAUCCCGUGGCUCCGGCAGUACUUCAGCGGAAGCCCCCCACGAUGGAUCCGAUAUUCAAGGAACGAGAACGCUGGUUGAAAGUCGCGCUCAAGAAAGUACAAGCUUCGUCACUGGCCGACGCACAACGAGCAUAUGGAUUUUUGCUAGAGGAUGGACAGUCGCAACCAGAGGCGUUGCUGGCUCCUGUAAAAGAGGCUUUGGAAUACGCAAGGCGCACCGAGGCAAAACUUAAAGAACAAUUGGAAUCUGAAGUUAGCAAAACUGAAGUUGGAGUUGAGGAGCAGAAGGCCAAUGUCUCGCAAAAAAUUAAGGAAGAAAAUUCAACGACGGCAAUUGAUAGGAAAGAGGAUGGAUCUAUCGUAAAAGCUCAUGAGACUCAGGAGACUGCCAAGGAGGCGACAAUGGCUGACGUGGAAGAGGUGGACAGUAGCAAGAGGGCGGACGAUAUAACGAGUGACAGGAAAGAUAAGGCUGUAGCGGAGGGGGAAAGCGACCCAUCAUCUGGGUACGUAUCUCGGAACGCUGUCGAAGCAGUGGCUUCUUCCACGCCACUGCCCGUUACACUGCCGCGCAUCGCUCCGAUGGACGGUGUACCGCUGGUGGAGGCAAGUCGGACCAUCCAGGCUAAAUUACACGAGCAUCAAGUGCAAGGACUGAGCUGGCUUGUCCAUCAAUACCGCAAUGCCGUACCGGCCAUCUUAGGGGAUCAAAUGGGACUGGGCAAGACUUUACAGAGUAUUGCUUUCCUGGCGUAUUUGAAGGACAAUUUGCAUAUCUUAGGGCCCCACUUGGUCGUGGUUCCUCUCUCUGUCAUGUCGAAUUGGAUGAGUGAAAUCGAACGCUUCUGCCCCUCGAUGCGAUGCAUUCGUUUCCAUGGUCCCAAGCAGGAGCGAGCGCGUAUCAAGCAAGAAGAGCUGACGGACGUCCGGGAGUUCGAUGUGGUGGUGACAACGUACGAAAUGCUCACUUCCGAAAUAUCCUACUUCCGACGGAAGUUUUUCUGGCGUGUCCUGAUCGUUGACGAAGGCCACCGCCUCAAGAACGAGAAGUCUCAGCUUUCCGAAAACCUUCGGAAGCUGCCCGCCUUUUACCGCAUCAUUCUGACCGGCACACCUUGUCAGAAUAACCUUCGCGAGCUUUGGGCCCUCUUCCAUUACCUUCUUCCCGACGUGUUCACCACUGCCUCGGCCGAAAAGUUCGAAGAGGGCUUCGAUGCUCAACGCGGCGUCAUGGACGUCGCGCGCAUGAAGGAAGCGAGGGCCUUGCUCUCUCUCCUCAUGCUGCGUCGUCGGAAAGACCAAAUCUCCAUGACUCUCCCUCCUAAAACCGAGUUGGCUGUCGUGUGCGGUCUGUCCGAAUACCAGCGUACGUGGUAUAAGCGGGUGCUAACAGGGGUGCGAAAUGAGGUCCUAACUACAGGAGCCGGAGGUGCACACGAGAUGGCCGAUCCGGAAUGGCGGAAACUUCUCAAUAUUCUCCUCCAACUCCGCAAAGUAUGCAAUCAUCCGUACCUGAUGUCCGAUUCCGGGUACACUGUUGGCGAAGAGAUGGUCGAAGCUUCUGGGAAAUUGAAAGUCUUGGAUCGCAUGCUUCCCAAGAUGAAAGCGGACGGCCACCGCGUCCUUCUCUUCUCUCAGUUCACUUCCAUGCUUGAUAUUCUCGAAGAAUAUUGCCAAAUGCGGGGUCACGAAUACGUGCGGUUGGACGGAAGUACCAACAGAGUUCAACGACGUUUGGAUAUGCGUCGCUUCAACGCUCCAGGGUCCAACCUAUUCGUAUUUUUGAUAUCUACCCGCGCAGGCGGUGUAGGGAUUAACUUGGCCUCGGCCGAUACUGUGGUGUUGUAUGACUCAGAUUGGAAUCCUCAGGUGGACUUGCAAGCGAUGGAGCGCGCCCAUCGCAUCGGCCAAACAAAGCCUGUACGCGUCUAUCGACUGGUGGUGCGAGCCUCAGUGGAGGAACGGAUGGUGAGUCGUGCGCACAAGAAAUUGUUCUUGAACGAGAUAGUCGCGGAGCGCGAGGAAGGAGAGAAAGGAGAUACGACCCUGGAUGAUUUGGCUGACGACGGGGCAGGGGAUGAAGACACGUACGAGGGCGGCGGAGAGGAGAACGUGGACGAGGAUCCUGUCGAGGAGAUGGGUAAAGUGGGCUCGAAUACGGCGUUGGCACGGGACGAAGUGGCUCGGAUGAUUCGGACGGGCGUGACGGCCCUUUUCGACACGAACAAGGGCGAUUUGACUGAUGACGAACUGGACGUGCUCUUGGGGUUGAAAGACGGGUCGUCGACAGGUGCUGGAGGAAAAAGCGAAGGUGGGAAUGGGAAUGGGGCACUGGAGGAGGAUGCAGAGGAUCAGGAGAAAGCGGUGGCGGGUUUCUGGCAGCAAGCGGCCACGGGGGAUUUGGAGGAAGUAGACGUGCGGCACCUGGAAGGUGUGAACUACGAGAAAGCCAAGCCAGACUUUGGCGGCGCGUAUGGGAAGCGUGGAGGGAGCCAGGACCUGGUGGAACUGGGAGUGAGAAAGAGGAAGCAGCGUUUGGUGAUGGUGGAUGGACGUGGCUCGGGAUACGGACGAUCCGUGCCCGUGCUGGCGGACGAGUACUUGCAGUCGCAAAAGGAUGCCGCCGCGGAGGCGACAGGGUCCGGUGGGUCGAAGGAAGACACCACGUCGAGCGGACCGAGGCGUCUGCGCCGCGACUGGGACCAUGAAUCAGGUUGUUUCCUCUGCCAGAAGGCCUUGAUAGCGGACCCGUCCAAAAAAGGGCAAAAUUUCAAAUGCGGGUAUUGCCCCAAAGUGUUUCAUACGUCCUGUUUGUCGAAUUUCACGAAGAAGGCAGUGGAGGGUGCAGGGCCCGCGAAUAUCAUGGUCUGCCCCCACCACAACUGUCACGGGUGUCGCCGUACGACGGCUGCGGCGGGUGGCUUACUCUUUCGUUGCGUGGAGUGCCCGCGCAGUUAUUGCGAGGAUUGCCUGGAAGAUGAAAACAUCGAGUCCUUGGGUCGAUGGAAACCGCUGGAGGCGUUGGGUUACUUCACCAAGCAGGCGUACUUCAUUCGGUGCCCGACUUGUUUGAACAGCGGGGAGGAGGGGGAGGAGGGAGACGAGGAGGACGAGGAGGGAGAGGAGGAGGGAGAAGAGGAGCAAGAAGUGGAGGAAUGAACAGAAGAAAGAUGGGAAGGAGCGUCAGGACGUGUUUAGGGUUCAUGUAAUAAUGGGUAGAAAGGAAUGGAAUGGCCCUCCGUGUUCUGAAUAUGUGUAUUUUGUAGACGUGCUGUCAAAAUUAGUCCCAAGUCAGCCUCUGAGUACAAAUGAAAGGGCGACAGAUUCCGAAAUAUCAGUCCGUGACUACAUGUCUUCUCGACAGUCGGGAGGACGGGCAAAAGAAAUAACGCAGCGUGAAGCACCCAAAUGCCCUCAACUUCGUUCAGUGCGCGGCCAUCGACAAAAGAGGAUUGGGG